AACCCUUCAGCACUGCAGAUAUGGCGGAUAUUUCUCGAGAAGAAAAGCUCGCAGCUGCGAGGAAAAAGCUCCAAAAAUUCCAGCAGAAGCGCACCCCAUCCAACACACCUAGUGGGGGCCCAUCUUCAAAAAGCGCAAAAACAAAAACUGGGAAGGUCAAGGCUGGCAGUAGACCAGAGAGUCCUUUACCACGUCAAGUCCAAACUGAACCAGCCAGUCAAAGGUUAACUGACCACCAGGCCAAGCAAGAUGAGGUGGCGGCUAGUGCAAGUUUUAUCUCACAAACACCGCAUGAGAAAGAUACAAACUCAAAUGGGCUUCCACCAUUGAGUAAGCCAUUGUCAUCAACGGAGAGUCUGAGACAGAUGUCCCGUCAGCUGAAUGGUCUCAUGGCAGAUACAUCACUUGUUAAUGGUGAAAUUGGAUCAGGAACAAACGGAAUGUCUGAUUUAGAGAUUCGCAACCAGGAACUAGCAGCAGAGGUGGAUCACCAAACCCAGGCCAAUAAGAGACUAUUGCUGGAGGCAGAACAAUUGAAACAACAGUGCAUAAGGUUACAGGACACUAUUGAAAAGGAGAGGAACGACUUUGCUCACCAAGCACAUAAAGAACAGAGCGCCCUCAAGGAGCAGCUUCAAGUUCACAUUCAGACGAUCGGUAUUCUGGUCUCGGAGAAGACUGAUCUUCAGAGCGCACUGGGCCAGAUUCAAACAGGUUUCAAACAAAAAUCUGAUGAGGUUGAGAAUCUAGCAAGUCGUCUUCAAGUUUCCAGACAACGUGUAGCUGAACUAGAGAGAGGACUGGCCAGUGCUACAAACUCAUCUUCUCAAUACCAGAAGACAAGCAAAGAAUUAGACAAGGAGAGAGAUUCACUGAAAUUAGAUGUAUAUAAAUUGAGGAAAGGAAAUGAUGAGUUAAGUCAGCAAAACUCAGAAUUGUCAAGUCAGCUACGAGCAAAGUCCACAGAGAAUGAGCAGUUGGGCCAGGUACUAGGCCAGCUUCAAGAGAGGCUGAACCUUGCCGAGCUUCAGGUCCAGCAGCUGACCGCUCAGACUGGUCAGUCUCAGGACACCCAACUCACUAUCAGCAGAUUGCAGGAAGAAAAAGCAGAUGCAGACAGGAAGUUAGCCCAGUAUGUGCAGUCAGUAGAGCAACUGACGGCAGAACGCCAGAAUCUCCACCAGCAAUAUCAACAACAUUCCUUACAGUAUCAGGACCACAUUCAGCAAAUUACUGCUCAGAAUGAAUCUUUGACAAAGGAGAAGACACAUCUUUUAUCAAUACAAGAAGAGUUGCAUCAUCAGAUUAACAUCCUGGAAGAAAGUCAAGCCGAGCAGAUGAAUGAUGAUGUAAGUGUGAGCAGUGUUAGCCAGGAAGAAGUCAUCAGGCUGGAACAAAGACUAGCUACGGUGACAGAAGAAAAAGAAGUAAUGCAUUCCCAGUAUCAAGCUUUGGUGACAGACAAUGCCAACCUGAGCCGGCUCCACCAGGAGAAAGAGGACGAGGUGGAGGAGUUAAGCAGGGAGCUGAGGAGAUUCAAAGAGGAGUCCGUAGACAAGGGCUCCCUCUUGGAAGGGAUCCAGAGUGAUAAGGCAACCAUCAGCAGGGCAUUGGCACAAAACAAACAACUCAAAAUUCAAUUGGAAGAACUUCAGACUGUAUUUGUUAAAAUGAGCCAGGAUAACAUGGAGCUUACAACCCAGCUACAGUCUGAACAGCAUGUUGGUAAUGAACUAGGGUCAAGGCUAGGUCAACAAGAAAGUGAACUUGAGGAGACAAGGUCGAAGCUUGAAUCUACUGAGCGAGAGUUAGAGAAUGCAAAGACUCAGACGUAUGAGCUUAACAAACAGCUUAUGCAGCAUGUGACACUGGCGGACAGAGCACAGCACUUUGAAGCUCAAGGAGGAGUCAAUGAAUCUCUCCGGACGGAUCUUGUUCAAGCUCAGGAGCAGCUUCAGACUCUGAGCAGUGAAAAUAGCCAGCUUAGAGUAAGGAUUGCUAACUUAGAGAGCUACCAACGAUCAUCAUCAGACAAUACAGAUGGCGAUGGUCAAAAGAUGGGAAGAGAAGACAUGGUUGAUUCCUUGUCAGCAGCCAUUAGACAACUUGAAAUGGAGAGAGACAAUCUCAAACAAUCCUUAGAUGAUCAACAAGAGGAAUAUAAACAUCUACUCAAGGAAACAGAUAAACUCAGAUAUGAUAGCUUUGAUGGCUCAAGGGUGCAGAGUCCUGUCACCCAGGAGGCUUACGAGACCCUGGAGCUAGCCAUGGAGAAACUCCAGGAGAAGUUUGUCCAUGAGAUGAGAGUCAGGGCGGAGCUUGAUGACAGGAUCCAGGAGCUGGAGCAUGUGAAUCUCCAGCUGGCCGGAGAAACAGAGACUAUAGGAGAAUACAUUACCUUGUAUCACAACCAGAGGGAUAUCAUGAAGAGAAGACAGGAUGAUAGGGAACGUUUUGUUGCUACUUUAGCAAGAGAAAAGGAAGAUAUGGAGACCAAACUGACCCAGCUUCAGAACCUUGUGGUUCAGUUACUUCAAGAGAAACAGCAUCUGCACCCCUACGCUCAUCAGAAUGACAUCAAGAAUGCCCUCAGUCCGCCCCGAGAUCCCAGGAACGCUUUUAAGAUUGAACAUGCGGAAGAAGCUGAAGAAAAGAUGGAGCAGUCGUCCCAGGAACAAACCACCCAAAAUGAUAUGGACUGGCCAUCAUCCUCUGAGAGCGGUGACGGAACGUUUGAGGAAGUCUCGCUAGCCGAUGACCGUUACCAGACCGCCUUGCCUUCACCGGAACAGCUUCCUCGCAGCGAGCACACCGCUCAGCAGAUCAUUCAACUUCUACAGGACAUGGGGUCUUCGGCAGCCACCAUUGAUCGGAGUACCAUCUUAGAUAGGGACUUCAUGCCGUGCAAGUAUUGUUCGGACGUUCUCAUUCAUGUAUGAUGGCAUGACUGGCCGACCAUAGUUCAGAUGUUCUCAUCCAUGUAUGAUGGCAUGACUGGCCGACCAUAGUUCAGAUGUUCUCAUCCAUGUAUGAUGGCAUGACUGGCCGACCAUAGUUCAGAUGUUCUCAUUCAUGUAUGAUGGCAUGACUGGCCGACCAUAGUUCAGAUGUUCUCAUCCAUGUAUGAUGGCGUGACUGGCCGACCAUAGUUAAGACAUUCUCACGUAUGUAUUAUGGCAUGACUGGCCAACCAUAAAUCAGAUGUUCUCAUCCAUGUAUGAUGGUGUGACUGCCCGACCAUAUCACCUUCCAUCCAUAUCUAAGAGCUUUAUUCACUAGUGUUGUAGCUAGCCUUUUGGCUUCAGCAUGGAGUCUGAUGCUAUCCAGUAGCUUUUGAAGUGAAAUCAAGGUGUGGAUAUGUUCGCAACUGUUUUUGAAUUUUUAACUACUGUUGAUGGACAAUCCCAAUCCUGCAAGACUGUCUUGGAUGGAGAUUAAUUGCCAAACAAGUAUUAUUUCAGUUGUCUUUAUUUGGUCCAUAGUGGUAUAACAUCGUGAGCUACAUUCAUGAAUCCAUUUGCCAAAUGCAAGAUUUUCAUGGUGAUCCAAAUUUGCACUAUUUUUUUUCUCACCUGCAUAGCAGAGCAAGACUAUUAUAGUCGAUUUAUUGAUGGUGAAACAUUUUGAAAUGUCAUAACUCUGAAAGUAAAUUGAUCUAUUUCAUGAAACUUGAACCUGAGGGUAGUCAAGUAAUACUUGUCAUCUUGACUGAGUUUCAGGUCACAUGAUCAAAGUCAAAGGUCAUUAGAGGUCAAUGAACUAAGUAUUUAUUUUAUUUUCAAAUGAAUGUUGUUUAGGGGGGGAUUAUUCAUCUUAGCUAUUUGCAAUGUCAGCUCUACUGCUAUAUUAAAUUAUGUAAUGCAGGCGAGACUGCCAGAGGUGUCCUACUUGUUGUAUUACAUGCACCUGUUAUUCUUUUAAAAGCUUAGAUAGAAUCUGCUUCCACGUACAAUUGAUUGCAGUUUCACUGCUUUAAUCUACAGUGGGUUUUUUUUUAAUUCAAUAUCAAGCUUUUUAAGUUAAAGUGCCUGUUCUUAAAGACCACUUCUCACUUAUGUGGUCCUUAUUGGCAGAUUUCAUAGUUAUAGUGUACAAGGCAGAUUUGGCAAAUCCAGGAUUUCCUCCAAAAGCAGACACACCAUUCCAUGUUUCUGUUUCAAAAGUUUUUCAGGUUACAAAUUUUAAACAUAUACCAUUAAAUUAUUCUCAGCCAAAACUAUUAAUAUGCUCUCCAUUGGUAUGAUACAUGUAUUUACAAAACAUUGUCUAACUGAUUCUGUUUUAAUUAAUCACUAAAGUGGCAAUGGGUAAUUCUCAUUGCUUUCUACCAUUUUCUUACUCAUAAAAGGUUUAUACAAUAUGGAAGCAGCUGUUGAAUGAUAAUAAAAUGAAUUGAAAUUUGCUAUGAAUUCAGAUAUGUAUUCUAGGGAAUAUAUUUUAUAUUUGAUUAGUUUGAUAUUAUCAUUGGAUUGCUUGUGCAGUGUUGAUAACAGUCAAAAUUUAUAGUCACUUAAUAGUAUCAUGUUCAACAAUGUUGAUUAACUAUUAGUAUGUAUGGAAUUAAAUGUUGAGUACCAGUACAUAUAUGUCUUGUUCCUUAUGAAUGAAGUAUGGUGUGCUUUUACAGCAGUGAAUUAUCUGUUUUGGAUAAUCGGGUCUCAUAAUAUUCUCUGUUAUAGAGAUAAAAAUAUAUUAAGUCAUACAUUUGCACACUUUCAGAACAGGGAUGACGUUAAUGGUUAUUUCGUUGAUCACAGUGACAUGACACUCUCCAAAUUGGCAGUGUUCAUUGCUUUCAUUUAUUGCUUCUGUGUUCUCAUCUCUCAAAACAGAUCCCGAGAAUAUUGUCAUAAGUUUAGAGUGUACAAUUUCUAAAAACAACCCCAAAACAUUAACAUUAAUUUGUGGAUUUUAAAGUUUAUUUAUGAUGUGGUAUGGUACUUUUUCUGCAACAAAGUAUGUUUCACUUUUUGAAAUGAAAAUCGAUAUUGCAACACAGCUUUGGGAGGUUUCAAACAACCUGUUAUUAUUGCAUCAUUGGAGAUUUUACCUACAAGUAUUGCAAAAGGUAAAACAUGUCAUUUCUGAAACGUGGUAACAGUUCAGAAAAAUCUAGUUCAUUUAUCUACAUGUACUGUAUGCUUUGUAUGAACUAUUUAUUUAAUAUAGAGAUAUAGUGCCUUAUUUCACUGGACUCAUUUGACAAAAGUGCAGGGCCAUGAUUCGUUAACCUUGCAAUCAAUAGCAAGAUCCGAAAUACUGUUAUGAUCUACUGAAAUGUUGCGAUUUGAUUGGUCAAGACCUGGGUUCUGUUUCAUAAAACUUGUCAUGAUAACAAAUUUGCAAUAACAGUUAAAAAGCUACUGAAAUCCUUCAAUCUGAUUGGCUAAUAGUAAAUUUGUUAUAGAAAUUGUGCAUUUGUUAUUGUAACAAGUCUUUAUGAAACGGGACCCAGAUUUGUCAUAGAUUUUAAUAUUCACUGAUGGAAAAUAAUUUAGAUUUGAUUUGAUUUUUGAUUUGAUUUGAUUUAUUUUUUCUUCUGCAUUCAUACCAAUGAUAUACAAUACAAUUUUCAUUGCGUAACAAACAUAAUAUAUCAGUAAUUGAUUUUGGUAUUAAUCAUAAAGAAAAAAAUACAAGCUAACAUGUCAAUAAUACAUUUUGUAUAGGGAACAAAAUUUAAAUUUUAUAUUCUGUAUCACAUAGAAGAGGGUAUUCAAAAAGCCUUUGGUUUCAUCGUCAAAUGAAAUAAUGAGUAUAAUAAAGGACAUGUUACAAGAAAGAUACCUCCUAAAAUCUUAUAUUUUGUGGUGAUUCCCCCAAUUAUGUAAAUUAAAACAAAGCAGGUCCUGCCAAACAUAUUUUUAGAAAAUGUUUCUUCUUUGUUACCUCCUUCCAAAUAUUGAAUUGGGUGAAAAUGGCAGGAUUUAAUCUUCGUACAUAGCUUUCUAAUAUGCAAUCACCAAACUUUCAAAGAAAAUUUGAAGAAUUUUCAAUUAGAGCAAUUCAAAUAAUAGCAAAAAUGCCACUAAAUUUCAUAUACAUGAAAAUUCAAAUUUUGAUCAAGAAUCAGGUAGAUAGUAGUGAUAAAAUUGACUACUCUUUUUUUAACACUUUUCUGUUAAAGUGAUAUUUCCAUAAUUAACAUUAGUUAACUCUUAGCAAACCUUUAGACAAACUUCUUUGACUGCAUGGCUAUUUGUUGACCACUUUUAUGAGGCAUUUUCCCUGCACUGAGUCAAUGUUAUGCUACAUACAGGGUACUUACUUUCUCGAAACAUUACUUUGAAUAGGCAUAAAUGAGUCAAAUUUCGUCAACAUACAAUUUUCAUACCCGAUUUCCGUUUGUACACUGUGAAGGUAUUAAAAAGGUAUCUUAGUUCCUAUUUUGUAAUUUAUCUUUAUUUUAUCCACAUUUACAUCUAUGUUUUUAUCAUUUUUGCUUUCAUACAUGUAUUUCUGACCAUGAUGUUAUGUUCUGAAACGAAAUGUGGAUUCAUACAUUUAUAUGUAAUGUAUGUUUGGUUUGUUAUGCAAAAUUAUUUAACUUAACUUUGUAUCAUCAAUAUCUUUUGAUACAUUCCAGAAAUCUAGAACCUCAAAUUCUGAAGAUGGUAUUUUCAAAAAAUUCAAAUGAAAUCAAAUUUGUAGAGGAAAGUAAUAUAAAUUUAAUUAAUUGCUUGUUGGAAUUGUUAACAUUAUUACUUGGAAAUGAAUGUGUGAAAAUACUCAAUUGAUGAUAAAUUUACAUAGACUCCAAAGAUACAAUUAAUUCUUAUUUGCUAAGAUCCAGACAAUGUAAAGUGUAUAUUUAUUCCCUUGUUUUAUCUCUGUUUUCGUAGAAAUAAUUGUAACAAAGACUGGUUAUUUAUUUAGAGUUACUCUUAUCCUCUGAAAAUUGACACCAAGUAUUCAUGGGUAUGAGACUAGCCACAAAAUUUAGUAAAUCAUAUCCCUUGGCAUUUAAGUUAAUUAGUAUUUAAAAAGAUUUUGGUUCUAAAUUUCUUGUUCCUUGUACCUUGAUAAAGAUAAAAUAAUGAGAUAAUUUUUUUCUUUGUUUCUAUUUAUUUCAUGAAUAUAUUUUAUUAUUUACUGUAUUUUGCAAUAUUCUUUAAAUGGUAAUAACAUGGUGUUUUGAUAUAAAGCAUAUAUUUUUGUUAAAUUGAGA